UGGGCAGCCGCAGCACCCGUUUCAUCACUCCCAGUCCUAGCCAGUAGCCACGGCGAUGGCGACGGCGGGCGGCAGCCAAUAGGAUUUCGCCGGGCGUCCGUCCGAGCUCGGAGAAGAAGGCGAGCGCGAUGGCAGCGAACGUGGCGCUGCUCUCCGCCCCCUCGCCCUCCACCUCCACCGCCUCCUCCAUCCUCCGUCGCCGCCGCCCGCCUCGCCGCUCCGCCCGCCCCCGUCGAGCAGCCUCCAGGCCAUCCGUCGUGGCCGCGAUGAGCGAUGACCCGAUCAAAGAGUGGAUCCUCACCGAGGGGAAGGCCACGCAGAUCACAGGGACCAGCUCCAUCGGGGGUGGCUGCAUCAACGCCGCACAGCGCUACGACACCGAUGCCGGCUCCUUCUUUGUGAAGACCAACAGGCGCAUCGGUCCAGCUAUGUUUGAAGGGGAGGCUCUGGGCUUGAAGGCAAUGUAUGAUACCAAGUCAAUUCGUGUUCCUUUGCCGUACAAGGUUGGUUCGUUACCAACUGGCGGUUCUUUUAUCAUCAUGGAGUUUAUUCAGUUUGGUCGUUCUAGGGGUGACCAGGUAACCUUGUCCCGAAACCCCUUUCGUUCAAAGAAAAAGUCAGCUCUAGGGAGGAAACUCGCUGAAAUGCAUAAAGCUGCAAAAUCUGAUAAGGGCUAUGGUUUCUACAUUGAAAAUACCAUUGGAAGCACUCCACAAAUCAACACUUGGACUGCUGACUGGAUUGAGUUUUACUCGAAGCAUAGACUGGGAUACCAGUUGAAGUUGAUAUCACAGCGGUUCGGAGAUUCAGCUAUAUAUGAAAAAGGUCAGCGAUUGAUUGACAAUAUCCAUCCACUGUUUGAGGGUGCUGUAAUUGAACCAUGCCUGCUUCAUGGAGAUUUAUGGAGUGGAAAUAUAAGCUCCGAUACUAAUGGAGAUCCUGUAAUAUUGGAUCCAGCAUGCUACUAUGGACACAAUGAAGCAGAGUUUGGGAUGUCAUGGUGCGCUGGAUUCGGAGGGGAUUUCUACAGCUCCUAUUUCGAGGUGAUGCCGAAACAGCCAGGCUUUGAGAAAAGGAGGGACCUGUAUUUACUCUACCACUACCUGAAUCACUACAACCUUUUCGGCUCUGGGUACCGCUCGUCAGCCAUGUCCAUAAUCGAAGACUACCUGCGGAUGCUCAAGGCAUAGCCACAUCUUCUCUUUGAGGAGAGGGAAUUUCCCACCCACCUGUGCUUCUCCCCACAAUGGCACGCAUGUAUGAAUGACAUGGUCUAUGUGUACCACUUGAUAUGUUGUGGAUUCACAGUGAAACCCUUCUAUUCUGUUGUAAAAGCACUAUCAACUGAAACCUCCUAUUAUAUCUGUAAAUAUAUCAGUGAUAAUCCA